AGGUCCUUCCUUUUAAUUAACCAUUAGCGGAUCGUUGUUCCUUAGCUAUUAUCAAUCUCGAAUUGGUCAGCAAUCAUGAACACUGAUUCUGAAGCUAUCUCGCCUUCAAGACAUAAGAGACUUGGGACGUCCGAAUUCCAAUCUCCUACCAAACCAUUGCAUAGCAUCUUUAGAAGACAAAAUUCAUUUGAUUCGGCGGACAGCUCCACUAGUUUUGGCUCCAAUCGUCGUUCUAUUUCUCCUAUAAGAAAGUCCUUGUCUAACUCGUUGUAUAAUCCCACAAGCCCUUCACGACUCAGCACUACUGCAGGUAAGCUCAGAAAUCUUGUUCCAAUGCUUUCAGGGUCCCGAUCAUCAGUACACACUGAUGUAUCUCAGAUCACUUCCCUCACUUCCCAGUUGUUUCAGCCGGUACAAGAUGAUUCAACAUCCAUCAGAGAUUUUGCAGACACUUCAGGAGAUGAUGAUGAUGACUCUGGCUCUAAAUACAGUGCAAGUGUAGAAAGCAUACUUCAGGAAUACACUGACGAUAGUCCCAAAAAGAAGUUUUUCUUCAAUGAGCACUUUGAUGAGAAAUCUCUAGCUUCUGUGAAGAGAAACAUAAGCACGAAGUCAGUGAUCGAGAGGACUCUCAAUGAAACCAGGAGCGAUUUUGAGGGUACCUCUGGGUCUCAUAAUAGUUCAGUCGGUCGGUCUUCAAAGGAUUUUGCUAUCUUUCACGAUGCUAGUGGUUUCAUUGGCUCAAGUAGCAGUAAUCGCAGCAGUUCUGCCAACCCUGCUGCCAAUAAGCAUAUGACAGCAUUAUCCAGCAUCGAUAAUAAUACCUCAUCCUCAAGCAGUAGGAAUAAAAUUUACUAUGAUACCACUACUUAUGAUAACUUAAAUGAGACUUCCGAGAGACCGUUAUUUGAACAGAAGAGUUUCAUAAAUUCCAGAACCUCAUUGAAUUCCGGAGAAUUAUUAUCCAAAUUGAACCGCUCUUUAUCUGAUGUAGCAGAUCGGCAUGUACAUCCUUCUAGAGCCGUGGUUGCAUAUCGAGUGAAGAAUUCUCAGUCUCCCAAACUCAUCCAAAUUCCCAAUCCUGAACCAGCUCAUUACCAUGAUUCUGAUAUCAGCUCCGAAAACUCGAUUGGCUCGAUAACAGUCCCAACCACACGUGGUAUUGUAUCUAAGGCUCCUAAGUUUGGUUCAGCUUACCUUGGAUCUGCUAGAAGACCUCCUCCACAGGCACCUGUUCAAGAUUCAUUGUAUAAAUACAACCAACAUGAAGAUAUGUACCAAUCACAAACAACCAAAACAGUGGUUGACGGAUUUCCAGCCAUUGGAACUGCCCAAAGUAAUGUGACAUCUCCAGACUACACGGACUAUGAUGAGAGUUAUUUUGGAAACUUAGAAGAGAAACAAUCUCAGGAAUAUGUUGCUCCUCAACAUUUCUCAUGGUCUUAUUUUGUACUUCUCAUGGGAAUAGGUUUAAUUCUUCCACCUAUAUAUUUCUUGGUUUCAUUGGGGAUUUUCGACAAGUUGAAAAGCUCUAAAAACUAUUACAACGGAAUCUAUUAUCAGCAGCAGCUUCUGGUAAAUAGGGGUAGGGUAGUCAAGUUUAGUCCUCGGCAAAAACUUGUGAGCUUCUUUGUUGGAAUUCUUUGGUUUUCUAUAGUGCUCGGUAUGAUAGGAGUCGGUUUUGGGUUAACGCAAUGAAAUGUAAAAUAGAAUAUACAUGAUCAUAUCCCCGUAUUCGGAGGUGAGAUCUAGACUAA